CAGCGCCGGUCCCGAGAGGAGGAGGAAGCGGCGGCGGAUUGAAAAUGGUCUGAGGCGCUAGAGCGCGGGACGGGGCAGCGGGGUGAGUGGUUUCCUGAGACCACACUUCCUUUGGGGUAUUGUAGAAAGACAGUUAUGGCUGUCCCUUACUUACAACAGCCUAGCUUCCUAUUGGCCAGUUUGAAGGCAGAUUGCAUGAACAAGCCCUUUGCUCAGAGGUGCCAUGAUCUGGAGAUAGUCAUUGAAGAUUUUCCUGCCAAGGAACUGCAUGCCAUCUUCCCAUGGCUAGUGGAGAAUAUUUUUGGUAGUCUGGAUGGCAUUAUCAUAGGUUGGAAUCUUCGCUGUCUGCACGGAAGAGCAAAUCCUACAGAAUAUGCUAUUGCCCUGGAUUUCCUGGAUCCCAGUGGCCCGAUGAUGAAGCUGGUUUACAAACUCCAAGCUGAGGAGUACAGAUAUGAAUUCCCAGUCUCCUAUCUUCCGGGCCCUGUGAAGGCUUCAAUGCAAGAGCGAGUCCUACCAGAAUGCUCACUGUACCACAACAAAGUCCAGUUCCCUCCAUCUGGAGGCCUAGGUUCGAACUUGGCCCUCAAUCCAUUUGAAUAUUACAUGUUUUACUUUGCAAUAAGCCUUAUCACACAGAGGAACUCUCCCGCCAUCCAUCAUGUCAGCCCUUCAAACAGCGCCUACUUCAGUCUGGUGGACACAUACUUGAAAUGGUUUCUUCCCACAGAAGGAAGUGUUCUUCCUCCACCUUCUUCCAAUCCUGGCGGGGGCAUCCCUUCACCUGCUCCUAGAUCCCCAGCAGUGCCUUUCACUUCUUAUGGCAUACAUCACACUAGUCUGCUGAAACGGCACAUUGCCCAUCAGCCUUCAGUGAAUGCUGAUCCUGCUUCCCAAGAGAUCUGGAGAUCAGAAACAGUGCUUAAAGUUUUUGUUGAAAUGUGGCUUCACCAUUACUCACUGGAAAUGUAUCAGAAAAUGCAGUCCCCUCAUGUCAAGGAGUCAUUUAAACCCACAGAAGAGCAUGUGUUAGUGAUAAGACUUCUUGUGAAGCAUCUGCAUGCUUUUGCCAACAGUCUGAAACCGGAGCCUCUCUCACCCUCAGCCCAUUCCCAUACAGCCAGCCCACUGGAGGAAUUCAAGAGAGUUGUGAUUCCUCGGUUUGUCCAGCAGAAGCUCUAUAUCUUCCUGCAGCAUUGCUUUGGUCACUGGCCUCUGGAUGCCUCUUUCAGAGCUGUCCUGGAGAUGUGGUUAAGCUACGUGCAGCCCUGGAGAUAUGCUCCUGAGAAACCACUUCAGAGUGCAGAGCUUCAGCCUCGCAGUGUAUCAGAGAAAUGGGCUCCCUUCAUUCAAGAGAACCUACUGAUGUACACCAAGCUAUUUGUAGGCUUUCUGAACCGAGCUCUCCGCACCGAUUUGGUCAGCGCUAAAAAUGCCCUGAUGGUGUUCCGAGUAGCCAAGGUCUUUGCUCAGCCCAACCUAGCUGAAAUGAUCCAGAAAGGAGAGCAGUUGCUCCUGGAGCCAGAACUUGUUAUCCCUCACCGUCAACACCGAAUUUUCAUGACCCCAACUCUUGGUGGGAGCUUCUUGUCAUCAUGGCCUCCAGCAAUCACAGAUGCCUCAUUUAAGGUGAAGAGUCAUGUUUACUGCCUGGAAGGACAGGAUUCCCAGUACAAGCAGAUGUUUGGUCCAGAAGUCAGGAAUUUGGUAUUAAGAUUGGCCCAGUUAAUAGGCCAGGCCCAGCAAACAGCAAAAUCCAUAUCAGACCACUCUGCAGAGACCAUGGCUAGUCAGUCCUUCCUAUCCUGGUUUAGGUUCAGCCCUUCUGACAUGAAUGGUUCCUAUACAGGAAAUGACCUAGAUGAGAUUGGGCAAGACAGCAUCAAGAAAACAGAUGAAUAUUUGGAGAAGGCACAGGAGUACCUAUGCCAGAUCUUUCGAUUGAAUGAAGCCCAGCUGACCCAAAUGAUUAUGAAUUGUGGAGCAGCUCAGGAUGAGAAUGGAAAGAAGAAACUUCCAGACUGCAUUGAGAGUGAGGAUGGACUAAUUCUUACGCCUCUUGGCAGGUAUCAGAUCAUAAAUGGCUUACGGCGAUUUGAGAUAGAAUACCAAGGAGAUACUGAUCUUCAACCCAUUAGAAGUUAUGAAAAUGCCACUCUAGUGCGACUGUUGUUCCAGUUAUCCUCAGGAAUUAAUCAAAGGUUUGCUGAUCAAAUGGAGAUUCUCUGCUCCAGGGAAGACUUUAUUGGCAGGUUGUGUCGCUAUCAUCUUACCAAUCCGUUUCUUGUAGAGAAGGGCAGGCACAGCCCAGCACUGAAACAAAGGUCAGGAUGUUCUCGGCGACCAAGGAUCAGUCUGAGAUUUCUGGCUAGCUACAGGACUCUUCUUUCUUUGUUCAUGAUAUACUUCAUUGCAUCUUGGUUCUGCAUUGGACCACUGGCCUGCGCAUUCAUUAUUCUCCUCGGUUAUCUUCUUUAUGCAAUAGUAAUGACUUUCUUCACUGAAAGGUGGAAACCUCAUCAACACUAAUUUUUCCCUUCAGCGUACACUGUAAAACGAACUCUUUAAGGAUAAAAGUACAGUGCUUCAUGAUUAAAAGCCUUCGGCAAAGGAUCACUUCAAAACUUUUAAGUGUGCUUUUUUUAUAUUAAAGUUGAGCCAGAGGGAUACAUUUGUGGUUGUAGAAGCCACUGUAAUCUGUGUAAAUUCUGUUUUGAUAAACUGUCUUUUCUAUACAGUUUACUGAAUGUACAGGAUGAGAGAGACUGCUUGUGGUUUGGGGAACAACCACCAGUGAUUAUGGAGCUGAAAUGAACAGCCCAAAGUAGCUGUGGGAAACUACACAUAGAAACAGCUCUAGAUUUGGCAAUCUAUCCAUAGUGCAGCUUUUCACUUUUACCAUUUCAUGUGGGAAUUGGCCAUUUGAACUUCUUUCUGCAGGUUUUAUAUCAUGUUGCUGGGGAGGCGGUUUUCAGUGUGACAAAGGCAAUAGUAGCCACAAAUCAUGAGUUCUGUACACAAAGCUGAAUCCCAAAAAAUCAGUAGGAUAAAAAAUAAACAAGUUUUUGGCUUCAGUUACUCAAAAGAAAUCGGGGGGAAAUAGGUAAUAAUGGUUUGGCUCAGAAACAGGAGAAGGGAGUUGCAUCUUGUUGCCAGCUACAUAUGAUUGCUUUGAUUUGCAAAAAAUUGCAUUAUAAAUAUUUCAAAGUACCAGGAAAGGAGGAAGAGCUGGGGGCAGGAAUCCCAUAGCCUAGCACAGAGGCUAACUGCAUUCCCUUUUCUGAACCAAUACCUACUUGUUGUCUUCACUGGUCCCUGUCUUUUCAAAAUGAGGAACUCUGGGAGUUGAUUCUUUUACCAUUUAACUUGGCAGCAACAACAACCCAUGAGUCAUGUGCUAAAGAAGAGAAUUUAGCAUUCAUCUAAACUAAAGUUCUAGUUUUCUGUGUAUCCCCUGAUGCCAUUGGUCCAGCAUUCCUACUGUGACUGCCAUUAGCGCCUAGUGUGAAUAAAUCAGUCACUCCACACACUGUAGUAUAAAACUAUCAAAGAAACUGUAACCUUCCGUGGUACUGACACUGGGUUGUAGAAAGGAAAUUUAUAUCUUUUAACAUUUUCUCCAGAACUUGAGCUGUGACUAGAUUUUUAUCCACCCACCAUGAAAUGGGUUCCUUUCUGCCCUCACUACUUCUUUAGCAAGUGGUCUGCCUUCCCAACAACAAACUACUUUAGAAAAGAGUCACCAACUAAACCAAAGUAAAUUGAGCUUCUUUGUUUAAACAAACAUGUUUAAGGAAUCAGUUAGUUUAACCUGCUCUUCCCUGAAAUACACUGCUGCCAGGUGCAGUUGUGGCACUUGUGGUGUAAAGGAUUAAAUACACUUUGCAGUAGUGAGAUGUAAGGAGCACAUAAUUUGCAUUAAGUGGAAUAAGUGUGUUCAGUUUUCUCUUACCUAUAUGUAUGCAUUUAAUAGAUAUGUGUUUGGAAAACAGCUAACAUUUGGCUCUAGAUUAGGAACUUUCUGAUACAUUAAAUCAUAAAUUUUUGGCAGCACCCAAACUAUUUUUCCAUGUUUCCUGAUAACUGCAUUUCCAGCUUAUGUUCACUGGAUUUGGUAAACCCUUCUGUCAUCUUGUUCAAUCAAAUUUCUCUUUGUGGUACAAGUUUCUUCUUUUGAAACCACGUGUGUAAAUUAAAGUGCUUGCUUGAUUUAUUUUUAA